AAUAUCGGUGUGAAGCUAUGUAACUUGGAAAAGAUAUUUCCUCCAUCGUUCUUCGAUGUUAUGCAACAUCUUCUUGUGCACCUUCCAGAUGAGGUAGCCUUAGGUGGUCCCGUCCAUUUUAGAUGGAUGUAUGUAUUUGAAAGAUACAUGUACCAUUUGAAGAAGAUGGUCAAAAAUAAAGCACACAUCGCUGGUUCGAUAGUUGCACAAUGGAUAAACGAGGAGAUUUCAAAUGCUUCCUCUACCUUUUUUGGACAUCCUGAAAUCAUGAGCAUUCCAGAAGGUCCGAGUGAUAUUCGCUUUUCAUACAAUUAUCCGGAUAUACCAUCCUUGUUUUACCAUGAAGGGCGAAUCAGUGGUCAAUGCUCAACUGGUUGGUUGAAUGAUGAAGAUAACACUGUUCUCCAGACAUUUAUGAUGCUCAACUGUGAAACGUUUGCUCCAUAUGAAAGGAUGUUUGAAGAAUAUAUGACUCUAAGUGUUCCUGAUAUUACUCCGGCUGCAAUGCAAAAAGCAAAAGACACCAAAUUCGCUGAGUGGUGCAAAGACUAUGUGAGUUAUUGUUUUGUAUUAUUAAGUUCCAGAACUCAUUUAAUUAAAUUUGUUAUUUAUAACAAUGUUAUUGUAUUGCAGAUUAAUGAUGCGACUCAGUUUUACACAUUUCCUAUGUGGAUGUUGGAUUUUGUACAAGGUCCUAGGCGUAGUUAUAGGUCUUGGCCAAUAUAUCACACACGUGGAUACACUUUCCACACUCAUAACCACGGUCAAAAUAAGAAAACUCAACAUUAUGGUGUAUGUGUACCUGGAACCAAUGAGACAGACUACUAUGGUCUCAUACAAGAGAUUAUGAUGGUGGAGUAUCAUGGUGAUGUUGGCUUGAAAGUUAUGGUUUUUAAAUGUUCGUGGUUUGACCCGACGGAAAAUCGCGGUAUGAGAAUACAUCCAUUUGGUCUUGUUGAUGUCUCACCACGAAGACAAUAUGCAAAAUAUGAUCCUUUCGUAUUACCAGGUAACUGUGAUCAAGCAUGUUUUAUUCCUUAUCCACGGGUACGUCGACAAUCAGUCGAUGACUGGUGGGCUUGUGCCAAAAUUUUUCCCCGAGGAAUCCGAGAAACGUCCGAAAUUGCUUUAACGGCAUGGCAAGAUGAUAGACGUGAUCAGGUUGCUGAAAGUUCAUUGUUACGGGUGGAAACACAUGUUGUUGAUGAUGUGUCCGAUUAUGAUAUUACUCCAGUGAAUCCUCCGGACGAUGAAUAUGUAUCAGAUGGUGAUGUAGAAGCAGACCGUGAUUCAGACGAUGGUUCAGAAUAGACAAAAAUAUAUUCUAAGAGUGUAAAAUAUGUAAAAUAUGUUGUAAGGUUGAAUGUAUUAAGAAAACAAGUUGUGAGGAUGAGAAAUAAGUUAUAAGAUUGUAAAAUAUAUGGUAAGGAUGAAAAAUAAUUUGUAAGGUUGUAAAAUAUAUUGUAAGGAUGAAAAAUAAUUUGGUAGGUUGUAUAAUAUUUUUGUAAGAUUAUGGAAUAUGUUGUUGAGAUAUGUUGUUGUUGUAGGAGGAGAGGUUGAUGGGUAAGAGUUUUGGGGUUAUAGUUUAGGGGUUAGAGGUUUGGUGUUUUGCGAAGUGAUUUAAACAAGGCCACGCUAACUUUCGUGGCUACACAGUGGCUAUGAUAAAUCCAAUCGGUUUGGCUCCAAUUUAUUUGGUUUUGGCUCCACAAUUGUUUUUAAUUUCGCGGUUGAUAUUAAACCAAAGCCACUGUAAUUUCGUGGGCUUUUCGUGGCUAUGACGAAAUUUGGCAAAACCAUUCGGUUUGGCUCUAAUUUUUUUGGUUUUGCCUCCAAUUGUUUUACAAUUCGCGGGUAUUAUUAAAACCGAGCCACGGUUUACUACGGUUUGAUCGUGGCUAUGCUGAAAGGGUUUUAAUCCUUUCCUCUUUCUUCUAAACACUUAGAAAAAAAUAUACUCUCUCCCGAGUCGCCCCCGACGAAAGCAAGUGUCCUCUCCGAUUCGAAGACUCGUCGUCUCUGAUUCCAACCCGCGACGUCUCUCGUUCCAAGCCGCGACGUCUUUCGUUCCCUUCUACUCUCAAGGUAGCCCUCUAUUUCUUCUUCGAGAAUCGUCUCGAUCUAGGGUCGUCGUCUCUGAUUCAGUCUCUGUCACUUGAAUGUUCUUGUUGCAUGUUUGGUUUUUGUUUCUGAUUUAGGGUUUCAGUUUUUUUCUGUUGUUACUGUCGAUUUGUUUCUUAGGGUUUUGCUUUCUCUCGAUUGUCUCUGUCUUAGAAUUGUCUCUGUUUCUUAGAGUUUCAGUUUCUUUCGGUUUUGUCUCUGUCGAUAGAGUUGUUCGAUUAAGCGAUUAAGGUUUGUUUCUGUGAUAGAGUUGUUCGUUGUCUCUGAUUCAGUCUCUGUCUCUUAAUUUUGUUGGACACUCUUAUGUGUCUUUAUUGUUUUAAUUUCUCUUUGUCUCUGUGGGUUUUUGAUUAAACUUUUUCUUCUGUUAACUGCAGAUGGCCUCAAGAAGAGGACAAGGGACAUCUCCUCCUAUGCCUCCUGGUGCCACGGGAGUGGCUGCAACCGGACAAGCUUCAUCCUCCCGUUCAAAUAGCUAUCCGCAAAUGUCUCUCAAUGCCAUGUUCAAUGCUCCUGCUAGGAUAUCCCAGCCACACCUCCAUCCUGAUAAGAUCAAUGGAGCGUUAUGGUAAGCUUUCUCUCUUAGUGUUUAACUGUCAUUAGAUUGUUUAGGCUACUCUCUGAUGUCUCUGAUGUUUGUGGUCUUUUUAGGUUUUCUAUUGACCCAUCAGUGAAUGCUUUCAUCCGUGCAACAUGGCAAGCAUACUACAUGGGACCUUGGAAGAGUUGGAGGUCUGUCCCUGACGAAAGGAGGGAUUCAUGGUGGCAGACGUUUGUGGUAAGUGAUUUACCAACUUAAAUUAACCUGUAAAUUUAUUCUUUGAUAACACUAACUGUAUUGUGUUUCAAAAAAAAAAAAA